GGAUGAUGUCACUGUGUCAUGUGACUACAGCAGCCACUGCAGCACGGUUGGCACUUGGCACUAAGGAGGGAGCAAGAAGCCGAGAGCAUCUGCUACAGGUUGUGACCGCACUGCUGCUAUUUUGAAAAUGACAGGCAAUUUAUCCUUAAAUAUUAACAUUAAAGAAGCACGCUGGGAUCAGAGCACAUUUGUUGGGAGAGCAAAACAUUUCUUUACUGUAACUGACCCAAGGAAUAUUCUUCUAUCCAAUGAACAACUGGAACACGCUCGACAGAUAGUUCAUGAUUACAGACAAGGUAUUGUGGCACCAGGACUCACUGAAGAUGAAUUAUGGAGAGCAAAAUAUGUUUAUGAUUCUGCCUUUCACCCAGACACUGGUGAAAAGAUGAUCUUAAUUGGACGCAUGUCAGCUCAGGUACCCAUGAACAUGACCAUCACCGGCUGUAUGAUGACUUUUUACAGGACAACACCAGCCGUGCUAUUUUGGCAGUGGAUUAACCAGUCUUUUAAUGCCAUUGUUAACUAUACAAAUAGGAGUGGUGAUGCCCCCAUCACCGUAAGCCAACUGGGAACAGCUUAUGUUUCUGCCACCACAGGUGCUGUUGCAACAGCUCUAGGACUUAACGCACUAACCAAGCGUGUCUCACCUCUAAUAGGACGAUUUGUACCAUUUGCUGCUGUCGCUGCUGCUAACUGUAUCAAUAUUCCAUUAAUGAGGCAAAGGGAACUAAAAUAUGGUAUUCAGUCACUGACGAAAACGGAAAAUAAAAUUGGAGAAUCUCCCAAUGCUGCCAAACAGGCCAUCACCCAGGUGGUCAUCUCUAGAAUUCUGAUGGCCGCACCUGGGAUGGCUAUUCCUCCAUUUAUUAUGAACACCUUAGAAAAGAAGGCUUUUUUAAAACGAUUCCCUUGGAUGAGUGCACCCAUACAAGUUGGAUUAGUGGGAUUCUGUUUGGUAUUUGCAACACCCCUUUGCUGUGCAUUAUUUCCGCAAAAAAGCUCAAUGUCUGUGACACGCUUGGAACCUGAAUUGCAAGCUCAGAUUAAAGAAAUCAGCCCCGGAUUGGAAAGAGUUUACUUCAACAAAGGAUUAUAAUCUUGCCGACACAUUAAUCAAAGAUAUCCAAUGAUAAUUAUGUGAAUCCAUUUUAGAAAAAAAUUGUGCCAGCUACAUUGGAGAGAAAAUAGAAAUGCAGAUGCUACCUGUUUUUAUUAAUGAAACACCUAAUUAGACUUGAUUGCAUAAUUUGUGUGUGUUUAUAUAUAUAUAUAUAUAUAUCAUCAUAGAAAGCACACUCUCACCUCCUAUAGCAUCAACCAGUGUACAAGCAAAGUAAUAACUAUAUCAAAGCAGGCAUGCACUCUCUGUAUUUUGUGUGUGUGUGUGUAUAUAUAUAUAUAUACUGUAUCCAAGCAGGCACACACUCGGGAUUUUUUUAAAAAUGCUUUUAAUAUGCACAAAAAAUAAUGUGAUGUUUCGGAAAUCUCACCCUUUCAUAAGUCAGAUCCCUGAAACCUCACAUUAUUUUUUGUGCAUAUUAAAAGUACUUUUAAAAAAUCCAGAGAGUGUGUGUCUGCUUGGAUACAGUGUGUAUAUUUAUAUAUAUAUAUAUAUAUAUAUACAUACAUACACACACACAAUAUACAGAGUGCAUGUCUGCUUGGUUACAGUAUAUACUGUGUGUAUA